CAAGUGAAUAUUAUUGGCUUUGAAACGCGUGAGAAAUCAUUACUUAAGAAGUGACUGCCUUAAUACGAAGUCAUACAUGUUUGUCGUAUUGUGUUAGAAUUUCUGAGGUAUUAUCUAUAAUGGGACAGGCCAGGUGCAACUUUGUCAUUUUUAACAUUGUUAUCACACUCACACUAAUUGCAUCAUCUCAAUCACUUCCUGUCCAACGAGAGGCUACUGGUUUUGGAUCAGGCACAUCGUUCAAAAAUCCUAGAGAUUUAUUCUUAGAAUACUUUCAAAGAACGGUCAGCUUAUCAUCUGCAGUAAAUGAAUUGCUGACUUCUCUAAACACAUCAGCAGACCCUUGCAAUGAUUUCUACAAUUAUGCAUGUGGUCAUUGGGCUGAUCAUCAUGCUACCCCAGAAGGAUAUGUAACAUGGUCCAAUUUGUACAUAUUAACCGACGGUAUGGGACCAAAAAUGCAACCUUUACUGGAUGCCAUCGAUUCAGAAACCGACAUUGAAGCGGUUCGCAAAGCCCGGAAGGUCUAUCGAGCUUGCAUGAACGGAGAUAAAAUUCAAGAAGAUGGUGUGCAGCCAUUGCUGUCAUUAUUAAGUAGGUAUGGAGGCUGGCCGCUCAUUACAAAACCGCUUGAAUGGAAAUCGAAGGGUCUUAAUUGGCACGAAAUCAAUAUAGAAAUAAUGCGGCGUGUGGGUACAGGGGCUUUAUUUACGAUAGCGGUUGUACCGGAUCCUAAGCAUUCUGCAAUUAGUCGAAUAAUGCUCGCAGAACCAAGUCUAUUCAUCAAAAAGGGUGAAAUAAUGGCCCCUGAAGGUGAUCCAGUGGUGCAAGCUUAUAAAGAGUACAAAACUACGGUAGCUGACAUUCUGCAGAAAGCCUCAGGGUCAUCGCCUGAACUGCUAACUACUGCAGCACAAUUGGAAGACCUCAACAAUUUUGAAAGACAACUAGCAGAGAUUACAGAAGGCGAUCACAAUAUCAAAGAUAUUGAUAAGUGGUACAGCUUGAUGACGAUUAAUGAUUUCCAGGACUUGUAUGAUAGUGCAAUCAUUACUAGAGACACUGCACAGAUUAAUUGGCUGGAUACAAUUAGGGCGAUAUUCAUGCUAACUCCUGAAAUACAGAUAUAUGGUUCGCAGGUGAUCUACGUUCCUGGAAGAUAUUAUUUUUUUAGGCUCGCAGGAUUGCUGAAUAGAACUCCUCAUGAGACCAUUGUGAAUUAUAUAAUGUGGAAGACUAUCACGGAUGUAACCCUGUACCUGAGUGAUACGCUAAAGGAUCCUUUGAUAACUUUCACCGGUAAUCGAGUUGGAGCAGAUCCUAUUCCAGCUAGGGAAGCUGAAUGUGUAUCUGCUUCUCAAAUGGAGCUUGCAGUUUCUUACGCGUACGCGCAAAAAUACUCUUCACAGCAAGUGAAAGAAAGGGUGACUGGCUUAGUCGUAAAUAUCCAAAAAGCUAUGGAGCAAUACAUUCGACACUCUUCUUGGCUGGACGAUCAGACUAAGGACCUGGCCAGUGCCAAAAUUCAUCACAUGAUCAAGUCCAUUAGCUACCCAGAUUAUUACAGCCCUACCAGCGUAAAUGAAUAUUACAGAGAGUUCGAACCAUCAGACAGUUAUUUUGAGAAUGAACUGCAAAAGACGGCCCUCAAAUUGAAAGAAAUUUUGAGAAAGGUACAGAAACCCACGAACAAACAAAUAUGGCCAGUGGAGCCUACUGCAGUUAAUGCACAUUAUGUACAAAUGGCAAACACUAUAUUGGUACCAGCCGGAAUUCUCGCGCCUCCCAUGUUUGAUUUGAACAAGCCAAGUAUAUUCACUUAUGCAUCUAUCGGCCCGACAAUUGGUCAUGAAGUUUCACACGCCCUUGAUAGCGAAGGUCGACUGUAUAAUGAGAAUGGCGACGCUGUGCCCUGGUGGUCAAAGGCUAUCAGUGACAGAUAUGAACAGAAUGCGGAUUGUUUUGUUAAUCAGUACAGUAGUUAUAAAAUAUACGAUGAUGGUAAAGAGGUCAUUCAUCUUAACGGAGCAUUGACUUUGGAAGAGAAUAUAUCAGACUCUGCAGGAUUAAAAAUUACCUAUGAUGCGUACAAAAUGUUCCGAGAAGCUAAUAAAAGUGAUAACACGAAAAUUUCUGGCUUGGAAAAAUUUACUGAUGAUCAAAUCUUUUUCAUAUCAUUCGCAAAUACAUGGUGUGCUGCCGAGGAUGACAAAUACUUGAAACAAUACGCUAACACCGAUGUUCAUAGUCCAGCCAAACAGAGAGUUAAUGGUGCUGUCUCGAAUAACAAGGAUUUUGCCUCAGCUUUUAACUGUCCAGUAAAUUCACCUAUGAAUCCUGCCAGAAAAUGUGACAUUUGGGCAUGAAUAGCCAAUAUGUUGAAAUUAUUAUAAACUUUUGCAUCUAUCUAAAAUUCCACAUUGUAAAAUUUUGUUGCAAGUCUUAUUAUCACAUCUAAGCAGAUGUGUCGCAGGUUUUCAAUGUUAUAAUAAAGGAAAAUGAUUAAAAAUUUAAA